UACUGGGAGGCCUCUAGCCCAUACUGGGAGGCACUGGGAGGCCAGUAGCUCAUAGUGGGAGGCACUGGGGCACUCAUUUUCCUGACUGGGAAGCCACUAUUCCAUACUGGGAGGCUCCUAACUGAGACUGGGAGCUACUGGGAAGCCUCUAGCCCAUACUGGGAAGCAAUGGGUGGUCCCUAGCCCAUACUGGGAGGCACUGGGACACCCAUUUUCCUGACUGGGAAGCCACUAUUCCAUACUGGGAGGCACUGGGAGGCCAGUAGCCCAUACUGGGAGGCACUGGGACAACCAUUUUCCUGACUGGGAAGCCCCUAUUCCAUACUGGGAGGCAUUGGGAGGCCUCUAGCCCAUACUGGGAGGCACUGGGAGGCCAGUAGCUCAUACUGGGAGGCACUGGGACACCCAUUUUCCUUACUGGGAAGCCCCUAGCCUAUACUGGGAGGCACUGGGGCACCCAUUUUCCUUACUGGGAAGCCUCUAGCCCAUACUGGGAGGCACUGGGGCACCCAUUUUCCUUACUGGGAAGCCCCUAUUCCAUACUGGGCGACCUCUAGCCCAUACUGGGAGCUACUGGGAGGUCGGUAGCUCAUACUGGGAGGCACUGGGGCACCCAUUUUUCUUACUGGGAAGCCCCUAGCCCAUACUGGGAGAAGCUGGGAGGCCCCUAUUCCAUACUGGGAGAUGUCUAGCCCAUACUGGGAGGCACUGGGGAGCCCCAAGCUCAUACUGGGAGGCCCCUAAGUCAUACUGGGAGGCAGUGGGCCGUCCCAAGCCCAUACUGGGAGGCACUGGGACACCCCUUUUCCUUACUGGGCGACCCCUCAGCCCUACUGGGAGGCACUGGGUGACCCCUCAGCCCUACUGGGAGGCACUGGGAGACCCAUUUUCCUUACUGGGAGACCCCUCAGCCCUACUGGGAGGCACUGGGACACUCCACACCCCUACUGGGAAGCACUGGCAGACCCGUUUUCCUUACUGGUGACCCCUCAGCCCUACUGGGAAGCACUGGGAGAACCGUCAGCCCUACUGGGACGCACUGGGACAACCCUUUUCCUUACUGGGCGACCCCUCAGCCCUACUGGGAGCCACUGGGCGACCCCUCAGCCCUACUGGGAUGCACUGGGACACUCCACACCCCUACUGGGAGUCACUGGGAGACCCGUUUUCCUUACUGGGACACCCCUCAGCCCUACUGGGACACACUGGGAGACCCAUUUUCCUUACUGGGCGACCCCUCACCCCUACUGGGAGUCACUGGGAGACCCGUUUUCCUUACUGAGUGACCCCUCAGCUCUACUGGGAGGCACUGGGACACCCGUUUUCCUUACUGGGAGACCCCUCAGCCCUACUGGGACGCACUGGGACACCCAUUUUCCUUACUGGGAGACCCCUCAGCCCUACUGGGAGUCACUGGGCGACCUGUUUUCCUUACUGGGAGACCCCUCAGCCCUACUGGGAGUCACUGGGCGACCCCUCACCCCUACUGGGAUGCACUGGGAGACCCAUUUUCCUUACUGGGACACCCCUCAGCCCUACUGGGAGUCACUGGGCGACUCCUCAGCCCUACUGGGACCCACUGGGAGACCCCUUUUCCUUACUGGGCGACCCCUCACCCCUACUGGGAGUCACUGGGCGACCCCUCAGCCCUACUGGGAUGCACUGGGACACCAGUUUUCCUUACUGGGUGACCCCUCACCCCUACUGGGAUGCACUGGGAGACCCAUUUUCCUUACUGGGACACCCCUCAUCCCUACUGGGACGCACUGGGACGCCCCUUUUCCUUACUGGGCGACCCCUCACUACUACUGGUAGUCACUGGGCGACCCCUCAGCCCUACUGGGACCCACUGGGAGACCCCUUUUCCUUACUGGGCGACCCCUCAGCCCUACUGGGAUGCACUGGGCGACCCCUCAGCCCUACUGGGACGCACUGGGACACCAGUUUUCCUUACUGGGAGACCCCUCAGCCCUUCUGGGAGUCACUGGGCGGCCCCUCAGCCCUACUGGGAGGCACUGGGACACCCCUUUUCCUUACUGGGCGACCCCUUAGUCCUACUGGGAGUCACUGGGUGACCCCUCAGCCCUACUGGGAAGCAUUGGGCGACCCCUCAGCCCUACUGGGACGCACUGGGACACCAGUUUUCCUUACUGGGUGACCCCUCAUCCCUACUGGGACGCACUGGGAGACCCCUUUUCCUUACUGGGCGACCCUUCAGCCCUACUGGGACCCACUGGGAGACCCCUUUUCCUUACUGGGCGACCCCUCAGCCCUUCUGGGAUGCACUGGGCGACCCCUCAGCCCUACUGGGAGGCUCUGGGACACCCCUUUUCCUUACUGGGCGACCCCUCAGCCCUACUGGGAAGCACUGGGAGAACCGUCAGCCCUACUGGGAUGCACUGGGACAACCCUUUUCCUUACUGGGUGACCCCUCAGCCCUACUGGGAGCCACUGGGCGACCCCUCAACCCUACUGGGAGGCACUGGGAGACCCCUCACUCAUAUUGGGAAGCACAGGGAGACCCAUUUUCCUUACUGUGAGCCCCCUCAGCCCUACUGGGAGUCACUGGGACGCCUGUUUUCCUUACUGGGACACCCCUCAGCCCUACAUAGACGCACCGGGACACCCCUCAGCCCUACUGGGAGGCACUGGGACACCCGUUUUCCUUACUGAGUGACCCCUCAGCUCUACUGGGAGGCACUGGGAGACCCCUUUUCCUUACUGGGUGACCCCUCAGCCCUACUGGGACGCACUGGAUGACUCCUCAGCCCUACUGGGACGCACUGGGAGACCCCUUUUCCUUACUGGUCAACCCCUCACCCCUACUGGAAGUCACUGGGCGACCCCUCAGCCCUACUGGGACCCACUGGGAGACCCCUUUUCCUUACUGGUCAACCCCUCAGCCCUACUGGGACGCACUGGGACACCCCUUUUCCUUACUGGGCGACCCCUCACCCCUACUGGGACGCAAUGGUUGCCCAGCCCAUCACUCCCUGCCCCCCUCCCCCCCCCCCCCCGCGCGGCCCUGUGCCCGGUGCCGUGUGUCCGACGUGCCGUGCUGGGUGCAGCGUACAACGACAGCGUGCAGGCAGCCCGAAACGCAGCCUGCAUCCCGGGUCGCUACAACGAGCAGCCGGACGACGGCGUCCCCAAUUACCCCAAAAGGGCCUGUCGCUUCAACCGCUCCCUGCUGGGACCCUGCGCCGGGCUGGGGGCGGCCAGCGACUACGGGUACGGGGCGGGGAGACCCUGCGUGCUGCUGAAGGUCAACAGGGUCAUCAACUUCUUCCCAGGGAUGAACAAGAGCAUCAACGUCGUCUGUGCUGCUAAGGUGACCCCACAGCCUGGCUGCCACCCCCCCAUGUCCCCAACGUCCCCACGUGUCACCCCCACAGUGUCCCCAUAUGUCACCCAUACGUUGUCCUCGGUGUCCCCAUGUGUCACCCUCUCUGUGUCCCCAACAUCCCCAUGUGUCACCCCCACGUUGUCCCCAUUUGUCACCCAUAUGUUGUCCCCAACGUCCCCAUGUGUCACCCCCACAAUGUCCCUAUAUGUCACCUAUAUAUUGUCCUUGGUGUCCCCAUGUGUCACCCCUAAGAUGUCCCCAUGUGUCACCCUCUCUGUGUCCUCAACGUCCCCACGUGUCACCCCCACAAUGUCCCUAUAUGUCACCUAUAUGUUGUCCUCGGUGUCCCUUUGUCACCCCCAAAAUGUCCCCAAGUGUCACCCUCUCUGUGUCCCCAACAUCCCCAUGUGUCACCCUCCUGUUGUCCCCAUGUCACCCAUAUGUUAUCCUCAGUGUCCCCAUGUGUCACCCCCACAGUGUCCCCAAUGUCCCCAUGUGUCACCCCCAUGUUGUCCUCAUUGUCCCCAUGUGUCACCCCUACGUUCUCCUCAAUGUCCCCUUGUCACCCCACAAUGUCCCCAUGUGUCACCCCCACAGUGUCCCCAAUGUCCCCAUGUGUCACCCCCACAUUGUCCCCAUAUGUCACCCAUAUGUUGUCCUCAGUGUCCCCAUGUGUCACCCUCUCUGUGUCCUCAGUGUCCCCUUGUCACCCCCACAAUGUCCCCAUGUGUCACCUUCUCUGUGUCCCCAAUGUCCCCAUGUGUCACCCCACGUUGUCCCCAUGUGUCACCCGUAUGUUGUGCUCGUUGUCCCCAUGUGUCACCCCCACAAUGUCCCUAUAUGUCACCCAUAUGUUGUCCUCAGUGUCCCCAUGUGUCACCCUCUCUGUGUCCUCAGUGUCCCCUUGUCACCCCCAAAAUGUCCCCAUGUGUCACCCUCUCUGUGUCCCCAGUGCCCCCAUGUGUCACCCCUACAUUCUCCUCAAUGUCUCCUUGUCACUCCCACAGUGUCCCCAUGUGUCACCCUUUCUGUGUCCCUAAUGUCGCCAUGUGUCACCCAUAUCUUGUCCUCAUUGUCCCCAUGUGUCACCCCCACGUUGUCCCCAUGUGUCACCCAUAUCUUGUCUUCAUUGUCCCCAUGUGUCACCCUCUCUGUGUCCCCAAUGUCCCCGUGUGUCACCCCCACGUGUCACCCAUAUGUUGUCCGCAUUGUCCCCACGUGUCACCCCCACAAUGUCCCCAUAUGUCACCCGUACGUUGUCCUCGGUGUCCCCUUGUCACCCCCACAAUGUCCCCAUCUGUCACCCUCUGUGUGUCCCCAACGUCCCCAUGUGUCACCCCCACAUUGUCCCCAUAUGUCACCCAUAUGUUGUCCUCAGUGUCCCUAUGUGUCACCCUUUCUGUGUCCCCAAUGUCCCCAUGUGUCACCCCACGUGUCCCCAUGUGUCACCCGUAUGUUGUCCUCAUUGUCCCCAUGUGUCACCCCCACAAUGUCCCCAUGUGUCACCCUCUGUGUCCCCAACGUCCCCAUGUGUCACCCCCCAUUGUCCCCAGUGUCCCCUCACUCUCUGGUCUCUCCCCAGCGGCCGCGUUCAAAGGGCGAUCUGGUAAGGGAGGACCCAAAAUCUGCUGGUUUCACCCCAAAAUCUGCUACUUUCACCCCCAAAUCCUGCUGGAUGUCCCCAGAUCCUUUAGUUUCACCCCAAAAUCUGCUGGUUUCACCCCAAAAUCUCUUGGGUGUUUCCAAAAUCCACGGGUUUUACUCCCAAAUCUGCUCAUCUCACACCAAAGUCCUGCUGGUUUCAACCCAAAAUCUGCUGGUUUCACCCCAAAAAACACUUGGCUGUCCCAAAACUUGCUGGUUUCACCCCAAAAAACUGCGAGUUUCACCCCAAAGUUUUGCUGAUUUCGUGCCAAAAUCUUGCAGGUUUUUUUCCCAAAAUCUGCUGAUUUCAGCCCAAAGUCCUUUUUCAGGGCAUCCCGAAAUGCACCCCAAAAUCGGACGGAAUGUCCCCAAAUCUUUCUGACUUCACCCCAAAAUCUGCUGGGUGUCCCCACCCCAGUGUCCCUGGCUGUGUCCCCAUUGUCCCCAAUGUCCCCAUGCAAUGUCCCAUUGGUGUCCCCAGU